UUUCACCGCGGGGACUAUACGGUGGAGGUGAGCAUCAACGACUACCUGGACAUCUACUGCCCGCACUACGAGGAGCCGCUGCCCGAGCGAAUGGAGCGUUACAUCCUCUACAUGGUCAACUACGAGGGGCACGCGUCCUGCGACUACCGGCAGAGAGGCUUCAAGCGCUGGGAGUGCAACCGGCCCGCCUCCCCCAACGGGUCCCUCAAGUUUUCGGCGAA